GCCGGUGGUUUGUGGGGGUGUCCCCCUAAUUUGAAGGGGACCCGGGGGGGCUCAGCCCCGGGGGCUUGGAGCGGGGCAAGGCGCAACCCCACUGGGGGCAGGACGCGGCCCCAGCUGCUGGUGGGGGGCUUUGGGGUGCCGAGCCCCCACCCAGGACACGUGGCUGGCACCCACGUCCAUGCUGUGUCACCUCCCCGCGUCCUCGUCUGCGUCCCUUUUCCCAGGAAGGGCCUGUCCCGGGGGGUUUUGGGGACCCCUUUUUGGGGUCACCCCCUUGGGGCCAGCUCUGUCCUUGGGGCUGGGCUGGGCUGGCCCCACUGCUCCCCUUGUGCAAACAGCAGCGGGGUGGGCACGGGCGCUGCCAGCCACUGCCCUGCCCUGGAAAUGUGGCCUUGGGUGCCACCAGGGCUGGGCUGGCACCGUCCCCUGCUGCCAAGUCCCCGAUGGAGGCCACCGCGGCACCGCUCUGCUCGUCCCCACCGCCUCCAGAGGCUUCCCAGGCCUAGAUUUUGGGGGAUCGGAUGUUAAUUAAACCUGAGUUUCAUGCUCCUCUCUGCCUGAAACCCCCCCUGGAGAAUGAGCUGGGGUGCACACCGCUCGCCCCCCAAACCCUGCCCGCUCCCCCCGACCCCGUGCCCUGCAGUGUCCCUGCUGCCCAGCUCUCUCCUCCACGCUGUAGGGACGGGUCCUACCCCCACAAACCCCAGCCCAGCACCUGCACACCUCGGGACCUGACAGCGCCACGCUCCGGGGACAACUCAACCGGAGGUGUCACACGUGGGGACAUCCAACGAGUCCUCCUCCAGCUCCUCCACGUCCACCAGUGUGGGGACAACCCUGGUGGGGACGUCGGCCACGUCCCCUCCACUCAGCCAGGGGAACGUGACAGCGCCCACCCCGUCACCCAGCCUGGAUCCCUCCCCACCUGGAUCCCCAAAAUCAGCAGCACCCACAGGUCCAGCCGAGACACCAGGCUCCCCGGCAGCGACCCCAGCUCCGACCACGGCGGGGCCACCAACCACGGCCAUGGAGGCCGAGGCGAACACGUCCCCAUCCGGCUCCACAGCACCAAACUCGUCCUCGUCGGGGCACCCCGAGCUCGUUCCUACUCCCACCUCUCCUGCUGCGCCCACCGAGAGCCCUGCUCCCAUCACAGCACCAGCCCCCAGCCCCAGCAACGCCUCGGCCACUGGUCCCAGUACAGCUCCGGCCACUGGUCCCAGCACAGCUCCGGCCACCAGCCACAUCACCGCCCCGACCCCCGGCCCCAGCACAGCUCCCAUCAUCGGCCCCAGCCUUGGGGCCGGCCCCCCAGAGAAUCCCCCCUCCAAAACCAACCCCGGCCUGGUCGUCGUCAUCUGCCUCUUCGUGGCCGUGCUGGUGGGGGCCGCGGCGCUGCUGCUGGUGCGGCUGUGCCGCUGCAGGACCCCCGGCUUCCAGCGGCUGGACGAGGUGCCCAUGAGCAAGGUGUCGGAGGGGUUCCCCUUCGCCCACCGCCCCCCCAGAUGACCCCAGGCUGAUGAAUAAAGGAGCUGCUGCCUUGA